AUGGUGGAGGCUUGGUACAUGGACGAGUCCCAGGAGGACCAGCGGGCUCCUCACCGCCUGCAGCCCAACUGCGCCGUCAGCCUGGAGCAGCUGCGCAGCCUCGGCGUCGUCUACCGCAAAUUGGAUGCUGAUAACUAUGAGACUGAUCCAUGUCUGAAAGAAAUUCGGAGAGCAGAAAAUUAUUCUUGGAUGGAUAUAAUAACCAUACAUAAAGAUAAGCUUCCUAAUUAUGAGGAAAAGAUAAAAACAUUCUAUGAAGAACACCUACACCUAGACGAUGAAAUCCGCUACGUCUUAGAUGGAUCUGGCUAUUUUGAUGUUCGAGACAAGGAUGACAAAUGGAUCCGGAUUUCCAUGGAGAAAGGAGACAUGAUAACCCUCCCUGCUGGCAUCUACCACCGCUUCACGCUGGAUGAGAACAAUUACGUGAAGGCAAUGAGGCUGUUCGUUGGAGAGCCUGUCUGGACAGCAUACAACAGGCCUGCUGAUGAUUUUCCUGCUCGGAAACAGUAUAUGAAGUUUUUGGCUGAAGGAGCACAGUAAUGUUGUCUGAGACAUGACAGGUGAACAGCCUGGAGCCCUUGUCAGAGUAAAUGUGACUGGUGGCUUUUCACUGAUUAGACUUCUAUUUACAUAUACAGCUGGAAUCACAGAAUCAUAGAAAAAAAUCAGGAUGAAAGAUCCUUCGGAGGUCAUCUAGUCCAACUCCCUGAAAAGUACCAGGCCAGCUUUAAAGCUGGACCAAGUUGCUCAUGAAGUUGAGGUUUGAAAACCUUCAGUGGUGGAGGUUCCACAGUACGUCUGGGCAGCUGUUCUGGCACAUAGCUGUUGUCACGGGGAAGCUUUUGUUCUUCAUUGCUAGCUCCCUGGUCACAGCUUGCAGUUGUUGUCUCUUGCCCUUGUGGGGAAUGCCUGAGAAGAGUCUGGCUCUAUCUUCUCUGCAGUCCAUUCUCUGUUGGGAAACUGUAGUUAGGGCUUCUUUCAGCCUUCUCCAGCCAAGAAAAACUGGGCUUUCUUCUGUUAAGGAAGAUGCUCAACACGUUUUGGUCCAGUGUUGACUGCUGAGGAAUGUCACUUGUAGCCAUCCAGCAGUUACAUUUGAACUGUUUACUGACUCUUUCCAAGCCUGAUGGUUCAGAAAUUUUUCACCUACCUUGUAGUUCACAUCCUUAGUGGCUACAAGACUCCUGGGGACACGCUGUCAAAGGCCUUGCUGUGUUCAAGGUGAAAGACAUCUAUUGUUUCUCCUCCUCCACAGAGCCAGUCAUGGCAACUUGGAUGGCAGUCAAGAUGGCCAGGCAGAAGUGCCCUUGCUGAAUUGGCCUUAACUGGUUGUUGCCUAUCACUUGGCAUUUCAUAUGCCUGGAAUGACUUCCAUAGGGUUACCUUCUGUAAUUUUCCUGGGGGCUGAAGUGAGGCUGACCAGCCUGUAGCUCCCCAGAUCUUUUUUCUUGCCUUGUUGAAGAUGGCAGUGUCAUUUUGGCAGUGUCGUUUUGGCAGUGUCAUUUUGGCAGCGUCAUUUGCCUUUUUCCAGUCAAAGAGGUUUUCUUGAUCUCUAUGACCUUUCAGAGAUGGCAGCAGCCUUGCAGUGACAUUAGGCAGUUGCAUUUCUAGUUGCUCAGGAAUCCAUUUUCUAACCUUUUUUUUUUUUUUUUGAUUUUCCUUGAUAUUUCUGGCAGGUAAAAUUGGGAGAGGUGGGCUACAUUAAUAUUCAUUCUGCUCUGAAUCCAUGCUAAUGAACUAUGUAGGAUUCUGGUUUUAAUUAAAGAAAAUAAACCCUGCUUCAUUCUUGUCUAAAAAUGUGCAUCAGAUAAAUUUGCAUAAUAGGCAUUUUUGCAGGCAGCUUCCCAAGUUCUGCCCUGGGUAUCUAAAGCUGUGGUUUUCUCUCAGAAAAAUGUAGCAAUUUGCUCUUUCAAGUUAUUAAUAAAAUUACUUUG